AUGCUACUAGAAUGACUAUUAACGGGAUAUGGGAGUGGGCGAACCACGUAGUUCGAAAAGUGCCAAAUGAGACCAUGCGCGAUAAGACAUUAUCGAUCGAUGGCCACAUUUGGUUAUACGAAAGCCUGAAAGGCUGUGAAGCUCAUCAUCAACAAACUCCUAACAGCUACCUGGUCACAUUUUUCACAAGAAUCCAACGCCUCUUGGAGCUAAAAAUUAUUCCUAUUGUUGUUUUCGACAAUAUUAACGCAAGUUCAUCUGCUCAUGAAUCGAAAGAUCAGAACGAAUUUGUGCCACGAAAGAGGCGAAGUUUUGGAGACUCUCCGUUUACAAAUUUAGUGGAUCAUGUGUACAAAACAAAUGCUCUUCUCACAGAACUUGGGAUAAAAGUCAUCAUUGCUCCAGGAGAUGGUGAAGCUCAAUGUGCACGGUUAGAAGAUCUCGGAGUGACAAGUGGUUGUAUAACGACAGAUUUCGAUUACUUUUUGUUUGGCGGAAAGAAUUUGUACAGAUUUGACUUUACCGCCGGCACUUCUUCCACCGCUUGUCUUCAUGACAUCAUGCAUCUUUCCCUGGGAAGAAUGUUUAUGGAGAAAAAAGUCUCCCGUCCUCAUCUAAUUUCAACUGCAAUUCUUCUCGGUUGCGACUAUUUUCAACGUGGUGUUCAAAACAUUGGAAUUGUCUCGGUUUUUGAUAUUCUGGGAGAAUUUGGUGACGACGGAAAUGAAGAAAUAGAUCCUCAUGUGAUUUUAGAUCGUUUUGCGUCAUACGUACGCGAAGAAAUUCCAGCUCGUUCAGAAGACACCCAACGGAAGCUUCGUUUACGACGAAAAAAGUAUAAUUUUCCUGUUGGAUUUCCUAAUUGUGAUGCCGUACACAAUGCAAUUACGAUGUAUCUUCGGCCACCCGUAUCAAGUGAAAUUCCGAAAAUUAUUCCAAGAGCUGCAAAUUUUCAACAAGUCGCAGAGAUUAUGAUGAAGGAAUGUGGUUGGCCAGCAACAAGAACACAGAAAGAAUUAGCUCUUAGUAUUCGGAGAAAAGUGCAUCUGACGACAACUGUGGCUCAAACUCGAAUUCCUGAUUUCUUUGCUGCCACCAAAUCGAAGAAUUUCACACCGAUCGUAGAGCCAUGUGAAUCACUUGAAGACUACAUUUCUGCAAAUAAUACUUGGAUGAGAAAACGAAAACGAUCAGAAUCUCCACAAAUUUUACAACACCAUGCGAAACGACAGGUUCCAGACAGAAAGCGAUCUGUAAAAAUACGUGCCUUCAAGCCAUAUCCCACUGAUGUCAUCGAACUUGGCGACUCGGAUUAAUAUACAAAAAAAGUUCAUCCAAAUUACUCAUAUUUCGAAUUUAAAAAUUCAUAAUUUUAAACCCCCAAUUCACACAGUAUACAUCCUCUCAUUUUUAUCCAACAUUUGUCUCACACACAUUCCGAAGGAUCCUUCCACUUUUUUGUACUAUUUCCCACUCUUUUUCUCCAAAAAUCCCGUUGAAAAUUGAAAAUUCCCCUUUUGAUUCUCGAAAAAAUGGUUCCCGUUGAAAACUUCUUUUUUUUAAAUCCGGCCGUAAUAGUUUCUAUUCGACUUUUUUUUGCUUAUUGCUCGUCUCAAUUGUAAUAUGAUUUGAUUGAACACAAGUAAUUUGAUUGAGAAAUAAUUCAAA